UGUUGGCCUUUCUGUCUCUGGAGAACUACGCGACCAAGUUCGUUGAGGUAAAGCGCAGAUAAAACUCAGACAUGUCAACGCAAAACCUGCCUCAGCGGAGCGAUGGGAACAUUUCAGAGAGAGUUAGCGGCGACCGACGGUGGUUUUGCGCUCCUUUGCGCCAAGAUACGGAUUCAUAGGACGCGCGUCUUUUCCUCCCCGCGAGCUCGCUGUCGCGCGGAGAACGCCAACUUCUGCGGCGCGUGAUUCCUGCUACACCGCCACCGGUCUGGAGAUCUGUACUUGUGUUUAUAAACUUCACGUAGAAGGGAAUAUCCACCUCAGAGGAGCAGUAGAGUGACUUUUACAGUGUUUUAAUACGGCUUUAUCACUUAAAUGAGACACGCAAGUCUCGUUUUAACGGAAUUUUGGUGACAUUUAACAGACAAGAAUUUUGGGGGACCCGAACGGCAAGAAUCUGCUUCUAGACAAAUUACCUUCUCCAAUGAGGAAUAUAUUAUUUAUUCAACAACUUGUCAAACUAGACUAUUCAUAAUGUUGUUUUUGAACAAUAAUCUACUAUCCAGAAAGCCAAAGAUGCUCGCUGUUAGGAUGACGUUACUGCACGCGCUCCUCGUCGCAUCUCUCCACCAAGAGUGUGAGUGCAGGAGUGGAGGUAGUGAUCUCGCGCCCAGGUUUUCCUCCUCUCUGCCCACGUACCUCCCCGUAUCCUGCCAGCUGCAGGGUGCAGAGUCAUCUUUCUUUCUCCGAGAGGCCACGCAGGAGGUGAUGCGAAACGGGAGCUUGCAAACACGCAGCGAGCCUCUUUUUCUCCACUUGCCAGAUGCCGGCCCUAAUCCCCUCGUAUCGGUCAACUGUAGCUAUGGCAACCUAACUGUGGAGACGCCCGUACCACCUGAUCUCCUCCAGGGGGCGCUGCCACGCUCUUUCCGCUCCUCCGCACACUUGACACUGGGCCGAAAGGUAAGAGCACACCUGGUGACCAGGAGGAUAGGGGUGGAUCGUCCUCAGAUCCAAGUGUUGUUUUACCUGGCGGGCCGCAGGUGGGAAGACACGGAUACUCCCGCAGAACUCUUGCCAUGCGUCCGUGUCGUCGGGAUCCGCGAGCCGGGGGAAAGUUCUGUAUCAACCGCCUGCCGUUUGGAAGGAAAUCUGGGAAUCUGUGUAGCCCAGCUUGCCAUCCCUACAAGCUGGUUUAACCCUCCCCCUCCGCCACGCAGGCGAACACAAGAGCCAGUUCCAGUCACAGUGGAGCUGCAUUACACCAUUGUUCCUCCAGAGGGCCUCAGAAAAGAGUGUGUGGCAGGCAGGGUGCAAGGCAAGGUUGUCGUUCAGGACGGGAAUAUGCAGAGGAUUGGGACAGUGAGUCUUGCCACUGGAGAGAGCAAAGAGCCCAAAAACAGACUUAGACUGGAUGGUGACAUAGAGAUUAUGGUGCCGCCCAACCCAGUUAAACAGGGACAGACUGUGGGAUUUCAAGUACUAAUGAGUUCUGCGGCCACCACUGAGCAGUUUACACUCAGAGUCCAGUAUGGGGAAGGCAUUAAUUUCAUGGUGGUGAAGCCCAGUAAUUUGGCAGCAUGGGAAAUCAAACAAGAAGUCGUUCCCGGCUCCUCCUCCCUCUCCAUGUUCUGCCAGAGAAAGGCCAGCUCCAUCAAUGAGAAAUCUGAUGGUUCCUUCUAUGAGAUCAUGUGGGUGGACUUUGAAAUCGACAAUUUCAUCAACCUGCAGUCAUCUCAGUCUGUCCGCUGGCAGAUCGAGUAUCCUUCUACCGGUGCAUCAGCAGAAGUGAUCACCACCGUCUAUAUCAGCCAGAGAGACAUACAGGGUAUUGUACCCCUCGCUGAGGACACUGAAAUCCUAAACACUGCCAUUCUGACGGGACGGCGUGUUGCCAUGCCAGUAAAAGUUGUUACGGUGGAACAGGAUGGGACGGUGAGAGAGGUGGACGACUCCGUGACCUGCAUAUCCACGGAUGAGGACGUCCUCAAGGUGUCUCUUGGCUGUGAUGAAGUGUUGUUGAAUGGAAAAGAAAUGAGGGGGCGUGUCUCGCUUCAAGUGAACUUUACCUACCUCUAUUUGACCAGCCAAUUAGAGCUCACUGUCUGGGUACCACGGUUACCGCUCCAGAUUGAUGUUUCAGAUGCAGAACUCAGCCAAGUGAAAGGAUGGAGGGUACCAAUAAUCACCAAUAGGAGGCCGACGCGUGACAGCGAGGAUGAUGAGGAUGAUGAGAGGAAGGGCAAAGGCUGUGCCCUGCAGUAUCAGUAUGCUUUGGUGCGAGUUCUCACACACUUUGUAGCAGAACCAGCUGACCCUGGUGGGGAGCUCGUGCACAUGCUGGGUUCUGAUUGGUCAGCUGAUAUCACAGAGAUGGUUCUUGACUUCCUGAAAGUGGAGGACACACGUAUUGCUCGACUGAUUGAUGGGAGGGUACUGAUGGGACGAGACCUGGGCAUCACUACUAUACAGGUGAUAUCCCCUCUGUCUGACUCUAUUCUGGCUGAAAAGACGAUCACAGUGCUGGAUGAUAAAGUGACUAUCACUGAUCUGGGAGUUCAGCUGGUGGGCUCACUGAGUCUAUCUUUGCAGCCCAGUUCCACCAACAACAGAGCCAUCUACAUCACAACCACCGCUCAAGACCUGCUGCACACACCAAAACAGGAAGCUGUCAUCAGUGCAUGGAUCCAGUACAGCGAUGGCUCAGUAACCCCUCUCGAUAUCUACGACCCCAAAGAUUUUACCCUAACAAUCACAUCUUUGGAUGAGACGGUGGUGUCCGCCUAUCAGGAGAAUGUCCAGCGCUGGCCAGUUGUAGUGGCGGAGGGCGAGGGCCAGGGGGCGCUGUUGCGGGUCGAGAUGAUGAUCUCUGAAACCUGCCAGAAGUCGAAGAGGAAGAGCAUUUUGGCAAUGGGAAUAGGAAGUGUACAGGUGAAGUUCGGUCAGAAUGAUCUGGAGCAGAGGAGUGGAACGGAAGAGGAGAACAGCACAAAUGAACAGAGACAUAAGGUUGUAGAAGCGGAUAAAGCUAGCGGAGGAGACGGAUGGAAAAACACAAACACAGCGGUGGACAGAGAGGAGGGUUCCCUAAAGAAACUUAGCACCACAGCAAGGACUACGCUGAACAGUCGCUCCGGAGGCAAUAAACAGAGCGGGGGACAGACCAACAACCCUGUGGACUACACCAGUUACCCUGGACAGGUGGACCUACCCAGCGGGGCUGAAAGUGACUUGACCCAGAGUCCAAGAGGUUUGUCCGACCUAGAGAUCGGCAUGUACGCCCUGCUGGGAGUCUUUUGUCUCGCUAUCCUAGUCUUCCUUAUCAACUGUGUGAGUUUCGCUUUCCGUUACCGUCACAAACAGCUUCCUGUUCUGGAACAGGGCAACAUGAACCACGCCCACGAUUGGGUGUGGCUUGGCAACGAAGCAGACCUAAUGGAUCACCAUGGUGACCACGGCCCUUUGCCACACAGCGACGAAUGCACAACCGCGAUAGAUCGCAACGAGGGGUGCGAGGAAAGUAAGUACCUGCUCAAUGGGAGCGGCGUUCAGAAAAGCAGCUCCUUGCACGGGCGCGGCAUACCCCACGUGCACUCCGAUUCACGGCCUUGUUCUGGAAACGAUCCCGCUGGUAAGGUAGAACCUCUCAACAACUCGCCCAGCGCGGCCAAGCGGAAGAGAGUCAAGUUUACCUCUUUUGCCACCGUGCUACCCGAUGAAGGGGGGCCAUACACCAACUCCAUACUUAUUGGGCAUGAAGAUGACAUUAAGUGGGUCUGUCAAGAUAUGGAUUUGGGACAGUCUGCCGAGCUCAGAAGCUACAUGGAGAGACUGCAAGACAAUCUGUGAAAGGUGGGAUAAGAGAAAAGAGAAAGGGAGAAAGAGGAUGGACACACAAAAACUCACCAGAAAUGCCUUUGCACUGAGGGAGGAUAGGAGAAAUGAGUAUGAGAGUCAGAGAUGGGAGUAAGUAAGAGAUUGCUAAUAGAGAAUUUAAAGUUUUUAAAUAAAUAAAAGUACGUCUGAAGGAAUAAUAUUCACCGGGAAUCUGGAGCUAAGUAGGAAUUUCACAAAAAGGGGAAAUGGGUGAAAACAGACUGGCACGUUCCUACUGGCUCUGACAAGCAGUCCAGGUGGCGCAAAGAAAGCAGCUGCCAACUGGCUAGAACGCCAGUUACAGACACCCUGAAUGAACAAGUAUAAACAAGACCAGAGAGAUAGGAAACCAAUCUGACAGAUGUACAGAAACUUACAGUCCACAAAAGUUAUCACUAAUGUAAUUUAUUAUCUGGUUUAUUUAGAUAAAAAGUUCACAUAUGGACCAAUCUUAUUUUUUAAGAGAAUUCCUGGCUUUUUUCAGAUCCGAUUAGUAUGUAAGUAGACCAGAACAGGCCACCGCAGACUCGGCCCGCUCCAGACCCAGGUGUAAGUUUGUUUUUGAACACUCAUUUUGUACCGCCUGUCCUCCGGGUUGGCCACAUGGAAAUCCCGAAGCUGGGAUGCCAGCUGUAUCGUCAAUCAAAACCUCAAUAAGCCCCAUUUCUCCUUAGGAAGGAAACCACCCAACACAACAAUGAUGAAAAGCAACAUAAGAACCGAAAAUACUUUGCGUUUGAAGUGAAUGUGGAAAGACUUCUUUUAAGCUCCAUUUGGAGGUUGUUCAUUUGCACAAUACAUGUCAGAAAUCUGUUCAUGAAGUGGCCAGGGCUGAGCCCGUCCGAACAGUACGUACAGCGCCUGACCCAGACUUAUUUUAUUUUGAAUCAGUCUGGCCCCGGCAUAGAUUGCGACGAUGAAUCAUACAGACAUGGAAGCCCACAUAAUGAUUUGUGUUUGUUAUAAAACCAUAUGAUUGCUGUGAUAGAUUAAUAUACAGAUUAGAAAUGGUCUAUUACUCAUGGUAAUUGUAUGAAUGUUUCUCUUUUUAUUGAGACGAAAUGUAUCAUUUACCUCUUUUUACACUUCCCUGUGUUUUUUACAUGUCCUAGGUUUUAAAGCAACUUUCAAUUUCUGCUUCAUCGACCCCAUCUUCUGAAUCCUUGUUGUUUAUAUUAUCGAAGAGUUGUAGAGGAGGACACAAAUAAGACCUUCUCUUUGAAUGCUCAGGUGAAUAUAUGCUCACAGACGAGACGUGAUAGAAAAGAUGAAAUGUAGAUUGUAAGAAUGCAAUAUUUAUUUGUAAGUGUAACAUGAGAUAGGAUGUAAAUAAAAUGAUUCAAAAUUU